AUGGUCUUCCACCCCCCUUCAUGGGUUCCCCCGCUCCCCCACAUCCCUGACGACAUCACCCUCGACCAAUUCCUCAACACUGAGAAUUACGGUCGCCAUGCCCUCUCGUCCUCCCGGAAUCCCUUCACCUGCGGUCUGACAGGAAAGACGUACACCGCCCAGCAAGUCGUCCAACGCGUCGAUUACCUUUCGCGCGCCCUGGGAAAGCGGCUGUCUAUCGACUCCGAGGACGGCACCGAAUGGGAUAGGGUUGUCUGUCUGUUUUCUCUCAACACGAUCGACUACAUCCCAUUCACAAAUGCCAUCCAUCGUCUCAAUGGCAUCGUCACCCCCGCCAGUGCCGCCUACUCCGCCCCCGAGCUAGAGCACCAGCUUAGGUCUUCUGGCGCAAGGGCCGUCUUCACCUGCUUACCGCUCCUUGACACGGCUCUCCAGGCCGCCAACGCAGUCGGCAUCCCCGAGGCGUCCGUCUUUCUCCUCUCCCUCCCCGGAUUUGACGAUUCCAAGGUUCCCUUCUCUACUCUCGACGACCUCAUUGCCCAGGGAAAGAGUCUCCCGCCUGUCAAGCCGCUGAGGUGGAUAAAAGGUCAGGGAGCGCGUCAGACUGCCUUUCUCUCUUACUCGAGCGGUACAUCUGGACUUCCCAAAGCAGUCAUGGUGUCCCACCGCAACGUCAUAGCCAACAUCAUACAGGUCGGCAUUUAUGACGGGGUGGGACGGAAACAGAAGGGCAUCAAAACCCAGGUCCACCUGGGUCUCCUCCCGUUGAGCCAUAUCUAUGGCCUGACCCUCGUGGGCCUGUUAGGCCAGUACCGGGGAGAUGAGGCUGUCAUCCUCCCCCGCUUCGAGUUGAGCUCGUUCCUCUCGUCGAUACAGCGCUUCCGCAUCGAGGCUCUGUUCAUUGUACCCCCCAUCCUCAUCAGCAUGCUCUCCAACAAGGACAAGUGCGACAAGACGGACAUGAGCAGCGUGCGACACGUCAUGAGCGGCGCAGCCCCGCUGGGGAGCGAGGUUGUCGCGGAGGUCUUGAAGCGGUAUCCAAGCUGGACCGUUAGUCAGGGAUAUGGCAUGACGGAAGCCUCCCCCGUGGUAGUCACGUCGAGCGAGCUGGACAUCUCCAUCGGUUCCUCUGGCUCCCUGAUCCCAGGCUGCGUCGCUAAGAUCAUCGACACGGACGGCAACGAAGUGACGACCCACGAGACCCGCGGCGAGCUGCUGGUGCAGUCCCCUUCCGUCGUGCUGGGCUAUCUCCACAACGAAAAAGCCAACGCUGAGACAUUUGUGUGGCACGACGACGGCCGCUGGCUCCGCACGGGCGACGAGGUACUCGUGCGCAACUCCUCGCAGGGCAACGAGCACUUCUUCAUCGUCGACCGCAUAAAAGAGCUCAUCAAGUGCAAAGGCCACCAGGUUGCCCCUGCCGAGCUCGAGGCUCACCUGCUGUCUCACCCGCACGUGCAGGACUGCACCGUCAUCCCCGUCGCCGACGACCGCUCCGGCGAGGUGCCCAAGGCGUUCGUCGUUCGGGAUCCCUCUGCAUCGUCUGUUCCCGAUGCUGAUCUCAUCAAGUCCAUCACGAAGCAUGUCGAGGACCACAAGGCGAACCACAAGUGGCUCCGUGGCGGGGUCGAGUUCAUCGAUGCCAUCCCCAAGAGUCCCUCCGGUAAGAUUCUGAGGAGGAUGCUGCGCGAGAAAGAAAAGGCCAAGAGGAAGGAGCAGGGAGCUAAGCUGUAG